GGAGCAGCUGCAGCGGCGACAAGGAGCGGCGGCGGCGGCGGCGCUUUCUAUUCCACACCGCAUCAUAUUCACUCUUUACAAAUACAUCUAUAUAGAGAUAGAUAUAUAGGUAUAUUAAAAAAUAAUAAUAAUAAUAACCCACACGCACACACCCGUCAAAUACCGUCUUUUAACCGAGACAUUCAUUUAAAAGCCAAAAUGGUGGACCGCGAGCAGCUGGUUCAGAAAGCCAGGUUGGCCGAACAGGCUGAGCGAUAUGACGAUAUGGCAGCUGCCAUGAAAUCGGUGACAGAGCUGAACGAGGCACUGUCCAACGAAGAGCGCAACCUGCUCUCGGUGGCCUACAAGAACGUGGUGGGUGCACGGCGCUCAUCAUGGCGUGUCGUCUCCAGCAUUGAGCAGAAGACUUCAGCCGAUGGCAACGAGAAGAAGAUUGAGAUGGUGCGUGCCUAUCGUGAGAAGAUCGAGAAGGAGCUGGAGGCCGUUUGCCAAGAUGUGCUCAACCUGCUCGACAACUUCUUGAUCAAGAACUGCAGCGAGGCACAGCACGAGAGUAAGGUCUUUUACCUGAAGAUGAAGGGCGACUACUACCGCUACCUGGCUGAAGUCGCUACCGGAGAGAAGCGUGCCGCCGUAGUCGAGUCGUCUGAGAAGGCGUACAGCGAGGCACACGAGAUCAGCAAGGAGCACAUGCAGCCCACGCACCCCAUCCGUCUCGGCCUGGCGCUCAACUACUCCGUGUUCUACUAUGAGAUCCAGAACGCGCCCGAGCAGGCAUGCCAUCUGGCCAAGACGGCUUUCGACGACGCCAUCGCCGAGCUGGACACGCUCAACGAGGACUCCUACAAAGACUCAACCCUCAUCAUGCAGCUGCUGCGAGACAACUUGACACUCUGGACAAGCGACCAGCAGGACGACGAAGGCGGCGAAGUCAACAAUUAAAAACAGCGAGAGAGGGAGAGAGAUGAAGAGGCAGAAGAGGAGAAGACCCUCAAGAAUUACCCGUUUCCUAGCCGUAACACACAAGAAAACACGCGUGCUCACAAAAUAAAAGAAAAAUAAAAAGAAAAAUAAAAGCGUAAGUGAAAACAUUUUAUGAAAAGGGGGCCUGGUGGAAUGCUGGUAGCCAUGUUCAUUGGUGGUAUGGUACAACCGCAACUGCAGUUCUCUUUGAUUUCGUGAAAAUUAAACGGAUAAACAGAAUCUGAAAAGAAACCAAGUUUAACAAGAGGUAUACCUCUAAUUAAAAAACGCGGUUUUAAUGAAAAUCAUCACAAUAAAGGAAAAAAAAAAUCCCCUUUUCCUCGGUUGCCUGCGCAACAUUUACCAAAACGAUACUUUGAAGAAGAAAAACUUGUCAGUAAAUCAGGGAGUACAAGAUGACUAGGGUUGACUAGGGUUGAAACACACCCCAAACACUGGCAUAGGGACUGUUCUUGUAGUGAAACGUGAUGUCAAGCUGCUUAUUUAUAAGUGUGGAGUAAGGGUUUAGGAACUGUCAGGGGAAGACGUGUUAAAGCUUGAGCAAGAAAAAAAAAAGAAAAGACAAAAAAUAAUACGUGGAGAAAAAAAAACACAACAAACUUGAAUGUCAUAGCCUCGCAAAAGUACGAGUUUGCAAACAGGCUCCAGAGAGUUUGAAAGGAUUUCUUUUUUGUCUCUGUUAAACAUAUUUGUGGAUACUGAUGUGCACUCAACAGUCAGUCAGCCAUUUCUUUACAGCCGACGUGGCGAUUCAGAACGCUCCAUAAUAAUCGAAACAUCACUGUGGUUACAGGCUGCAGGUCUAUUAUCAAGGAACACUAGUUUAGGUAUACGGUAACCAAGUCCAGUUUUCCAGCCAUUAAAUACAAUGCUGUUUCCAUUGAUAGCUAAAACAAAUUGGUGUCCUUUCAGUGAAAACUGUUCUUAUUAUCAUUAUUAUUAUUAUUGAUAUCGUUUGGACAUUUAGGGUGUCAAGGGUGACCCGCACUAUAAAAAACACAGCUUUUAUUCAAUAUCAUUACAAAUAGUACCAUAAACCAAAACAUACACUAUCUAUCUAUCUAUCUAUCUAUCUAUCUAUCUAU